AUGGGCGAUAGUCUCCAGUCGCUGCGAAGGCUGGCCAAAAGAUUCAAUAUUCGAAAUCGACGAGAAGGCGAGGACUGGCCUGAAGCCCAUAGGACGACAUUUCAAAAUAUCAAAUCUCUGUCACAAAAUAGAUUUGACACUUAUAUCCCAGAAGUCACUGUUUCAAAUGAAAAACCCUGGAAGCAACAGACAAAAAAGCGCGCACAAUGGCUGGUAGAACGUGCAAGGCGCCUAGUCGGCCAGGAUUCUAAUGAAGCUGGAUGGCGCUUUGCUCUCGAAAAUGAGGUGUUGCGAAGGUUUAUGGUGGAAGUCGCCUGCUACGACCUUGGUGCCAAUCGACUUUUCGACGAUAGAGUCGAUGAAUUUGUUAUCUACGAUGACCUGGUCAAAUCCCAUCUCCCAAAACAAGCCCCUGAUCGGGUUUUUGGUUUACAAGACACGCCAAGUUUUCGAACAUUGCUCGAUAGCUCUGCAAGACCGGAAAUUAGGACAGCACCAGAUGACACCGUGUCAGAUCUCAUAACGUCUACGCCCUUUAAAACAGAAUCAGAUCCCCUUUUGUUUCCUUUCCUGGUGCUUGAGGCGAAGUCCGAAUCGAGUUCUCGUGGUUCCGAGGCCAUACUAACUCAAAGUUUCUUCCCCAUACGAGCUCUACUAAAGCUGCAAGAUGAUUUGCGAUCCUAUUUUCCUAAAGAUGAAGUGAAAUUUGAACCUUUGGUGUGGUUUCUUGCGUCUCGUGGGGAUAACUGGAAGCUCUACUGUGGUACGGUGGUGAAGGGGGAGAAUGAAGAGCCAACCAAAUAUGAAACAACUUUCCUAUGGACAGGGUCUCUCUUGCGUGAGGAUGAUGCAUUGCAAUUGGUGCUGAUUGUCGACUACAUCAUGGAUUGGGCUAGAGAUAUCUACCGUAUUGCCAUUCUGCGACAACUUAAAUCAAUGGUCACGGGACAGCCAUUUGAUCAGAUAACUCUUGCCUACAGUGAGAUGUCGUCGAUGCGAAGAGAUGUCUCCAGAUGGAUCCCGGCACCGCCUAGUACUAUCUUCAGCGAGUUGGAGACUGCGAACGAGUCCGAUGGCCUUGAAAAUGUUAUUUCUUCCAAGCCGUUGGACCAUCAAGAACUUCUUGAUAUACAUAUACCCAAUACAAAACUGGGAUCUCUCCGGUCAGCCUCCAAAUCAGAGCGUCGUUUCACCUGUCUUUACCUUACAGAGGGCCUUCUUCCAAGUUUUCUGCAAGUAGUCGCGGGGCCUAAAGAUAGCAAGGACAAAACAGAAAAAGCUGCGCGGCAAAUAAUCAAUUUUGUCUCACAGUUUGAUGAUGUUCUAGUGAUGCCAAAAAGAGACCUCGACAUGAUUGAGUCACUUUGGACAAGCAAGGCAAUAGCAACCGAUCCAGAUGAGGUUUCAGAAGACCUUUAUGUUGUCAUGGAAGCAAAUUGGCUCAUCUUUCUGCUCGGUAUUGGACACUCCGAAGAGGAGGCAACCGUUCUCGCAGCGAUGCACAAGAUCAACUUGGAUCUUGCAAUUUAUCGGGAAAGAUUCUUUGGUGAUAUGCCUUCUUUCAGAAAAAUCAAACUUAGUGGUGAAUCAAAUGCCCAACGAUUUAGCACUUGGGACGAAGGUAUAGAUUUUCUCAAUCGUGCGCACCCCAAGCAUAUAGCUUAUGUGGAAACUAUCCGUGGAAAAUUAAACACGCCAGCAGGAGAGGUGAUUGUUCUGGACUGA